GGGGGAAGGGUCCGGAGGCCAGGAGGAGGGGCCUGGCGACGUGCGUCGUUAAGGCUGCGCGCUGACGUCCCCGUGCGUUGUGACGUCGCGCGCCGCCCUCUGGAGUGUGUGUGGUGGCCAGAGCUGUGUGGGUCUGUCUCCCGCUCGCCCCUGCUCUGGGCCCGGCUGGAGUGGGCCGCGGUGACGGGGGAUCUGAAGUUACCUGCAGAGAAAGCAGACCCACCAGAGGGCUCAAGGAGAGUUGAAUAACUUUGCCACAACAAAGCCUCUCUUUCCAUGCUAUCCUGUCCUCUGGCGAAGGGGAAGAUUGGUGCCAGGCUUUCCCCCCUUGUGCCGAACCCUCCAGACGUGAAGCUGAAACCAUGUGAGGGGCCCUUCCCCUGCUUCCCUUGACCCCCGUCCCGGGUGAGCUGCUGCUGAACCUGAGGCACCGGCCACCAUGAUGUUCCGGGACCAGGUGGGCAUUCUCGCCGGCUGGUUCAAAGGCUGGAACGAAUGCGAGCAGACGGUGGCCCUGCUGUCGCUCCUCAAGCGUAUCUCUCGCACCCAAGCCCGCUUCCUGCAGCUGUGCCUGGAGCACUCGCUGUCAGACUGCACCGAGAUCCACGUCCUGGAGUCCGAGGCCAACAAUGCAGCCAUCAUCAGCCAGUGGCAUCAAGAACCCAAGGACAAAGUAGUCUCAAUGCUCCUCUCCCACCUGCCCCUUCUCCAGCCUGGCAACACCGACGCCAAGUCGGAAUACAUGAAGCUCUUGCAGAAGGUGCUGGCGUACUCCAUCGAGAGCAACCUUUUCAUAGAGGAGAGCCGGCAGCUCCUCUCCUAUGCUCUCAUCCACCCGGCCACCACGCUGGACGACCGCAACUCUCUGGCUCUUUGGCUCAACCAUCUCGAGGAGCGUCUCUCCGGCGGCUACUCUAGCCAGGGCAGGGGUCGACCCGACACAGCCUAUCACUCGCGCCAGGGCUCGGAUGAGUGGCAAGGCCCGGUGGACGCAGGCCUCGGGGAACUCGGGCACGGCUGGCAGGAGAAACCACCCCGAGAAAAUGGGCACAUGUCCUUCCACUCUUCUGGGUCGGUGCCAUCGGCCAUCAACAGUAUCGGGAGCAACACAAAUACAGCUCUCCCCUGCCAAAUCCAUCCCAGCCCACUGAAGCGCUCCAUGUCCCUCAUCCCCACCAGCCAGCAGGUCCCCAGCGAGUGGAUGAGCGUGGAGGAGAUGGCGGCUCGGCCCGCCUUCAUCCCCAGCGGGGAACAUGCCCCCCUCUCGCCCCAGAGCAGCGUGGCCUCCUCAGGCAGCGAGCAGACGGAGGAGCAGUCCGGCAGCCGCAACACCUUCCAGGAAGACGGCAGCGGCAUGAAAGAUGUCCCCUCAUGGCUGAAGAGCCUUCGCCUCCACAAAUAUGCAGCCCUCUUCUCCCAAAUGACCUACGAAGAGAUGAUGACCCUGACAGAGCAGCAUCUGGAAUCGCAGAACGUGACCAAAGGAGCAAGACACAAAAUAGCCUUGAGUAUCCAGAAGCUGCGGGAAAGGCAGAGUGUCCUGAAAUCUCUGGAGAAGGACAUCUUAGAAGGGGGCAACUUGUGGAAUGCCCUCCAAGAACUGCAGCAAAUCAUCAUCACGCCCAUCAAGGCUUUCCACACCCUGCAGAUCAUGGCAGCCUCCAAGGAGGGGCAGCCACUGACAGUGGAACCACGCGGGGCUCCCAAGCUGGGCUUGGACAAGACCAGCAACGGAGCCGAGGACAAGGAAUCCACCGCGGAUGCCUUCCCGCCCCAGUCCAGCUCUCCUUGUGACGGCGAGUCGGGGGCGGCGCCUGUUCCCGAGGGAGACAUUGCAGGACAGUUCACGCGGGUGAUGGGCAAAGUGUGCACGCAGCUGCUGGUAUCCCGGCCGGAUGAGGAGAACAUCACCAGUUACCUCCAGCUGAUAGAGAAGUGCCUGAUGCAUGAGGCAUUCACAGAGACGCAGAAGAAGCGGCUGUUGUCUUGGAAACAGCAGGUGCUGAAGCUACUCCGGACAUUUCCGAGGAAGGCAGUGCUGGACAUGCAAGGCUAUCGUCCGCAGAAAGGAUGGGCCUUUGGCUCCAACUCUCUCCCCAUAGCUGGCUCUGUGGGAGUGGGGGUGGCACGCAGAGGGCAGCGGCAGUUCCAGAUGCCCCCCCGUGCCAUCCCCCCAAGCCGUAUGGGGAUCCUCAGCCCCGCAGGGCUUGGUGGCGUCUCUCCCCGGCACGCACUCGCUAGCCCAAACCUGGGGAGCCAAGGGCGGCAGAACCUGUGGUUUGCCAACCCCGGGGGCAGCAACAGCAUGCCGGGCCAGAGCCGCAGCUCGGUCCAGCGAACCCACUCGCUCCCUGUCCACACGUCCCCGCAGGCCAUCCUCAUGUUCCCCCAGGAUUGCCAGCACCCUGGAACGGACCUGGAGAUCAACCCCACGUUGGAGUCGCUAUGCCUCAGCAUGACGGAGCACGCGCUGGGAGACGGCAGCGACAAGACUUCUACCAUUUGAAAGAAGCUGGAUCGGGCCGGUGUUUCUGAGAAGCUUUAGGGGGGGCAUUUUAUUUUUUUUCCUCCCUUUUUGUGUGUGUGUGUGUGUUAACCCCUUCCCUCCCCGGGGUGUGUCGCUGUGGGGUGGGAGGGGGUGGACCGCUUUCCCCCUGCCUUCUCCCAGCCCACCAGCAGCCAGAGGGAGACGAGGGGGGAACGGGACAAAAAGCUGUCACUACAAUCUUUACCAUCUUCGUGUGUUCUAAUAUGUUUUUUUUUCUCUACUUUUUAUUAUUAUAACUUUCAGCUAUUGGUUUAAUAUUUUGACGUACACGGGAGUCGGAAGAGGCUUCCGAAAAGUUUAACUUGGCAAAGCCAGAGGGAGGAGGUUGGACUUGGGCCCGACGGUUCCCUUUCCUGUUUGGGGUUUUUCAUUCUUCAUUCUCCCCCCCCCCACCAUUUAGUCCUCUCCCCUCCCCUCUUCCCCCCCCCCCGGGGGAGCUGCGAUCGAGAGAAGGAAGAUGACCCACCGAAGGCAGAUGUCUUCUCUCUCUUUCCUCGGCUGCGGGGCGGGUGCUGAACGUCCAGGCCACGUGUGCGGCUCCGGCAGGGUUAACCCGGGCGAGCAGGCUCCAUCUGGGCUUGACCCUGCUGCGGCCCCCACCUUCUGUACCUGGCAAUUGGAGGAAGGCGGGGGGGAGUGCCUCAGGUGACCGUCAACUUCAGUCCUUUACGAAGUGCCUCUAAGACAUCCAUCCCUAAGUCCAAACAGGUGGGGCCAGGGAGGAGGGUGCCCAGUGCUAGACGUAAUGAAGCCGCAUCCCUGGGUUUCCCCUUUUUUUGUGUGGGGGGGAGCAAUUUGGGAGGAGCUGACGGGGGAGGCCCACUCCACCCCACCUACCUGCUCACCCAGGAAAGGGAAAUUCUCACGGCCCAAGUGCAGCGCUUGUCUCCCCCUGGAUCUUGCAGCCUCCUGGCAGGGGGCGGGGGAGAAGGGGGUGUGAUUUCAGGAGAUUUUCGGAGGGAGAGCAGCCCAGUUUUGUUGACGCAGUUCAGAUAAGUGGUUUUUUUUUUUUAAAGAAGGAAUUGCUCGGCAGUUUUGAGGUUUGGGAGCAGAGUUCUCUUACAGGAGCUGGUUUGGUGUUGCUUAGACCGGGGUGUGGUGUUGUUGCUCUCCCCCCCCCCCCCCCCACUCCGAUGGUAGAACGGGAGAGGAUCAGAAGACAGGUGGAAGGGAAGCAGUUCUCUGUCGGGGACCUUGCCCCCCCCCCCCCCAAAAAAGAAAGCCCACUCACAGAUCUUUCUGUAGUUCUUUUAGGGGGUUAGGGGAGCGCAGUGUUGUCCGUCUUCCUUGAGAAUGCGGAUGGGGGGGGCAGAAUGGCCAUAGCAAGUCCCUGCUCCCCCCACACACACAGGCAUGUGGGGACCCCUCUGGGGAAGCGGUGGGGGGUUAGGGUGAGGGGGGGAGGGAGAUUUAUGGUGCUAAUGAAUUUGCAGGCUCAGCCUGCUGCAGGAUCUGAUUGGAGACCACCGCCUCGGGGCGGGAGGCAAGGGGGAUUCAGAGAGACUCCUGAGCGUGGAUCCGAAUGAUACGAGAACAAUUGGAGGAGGGAGAGAGUCCACAGUUGCUUUCUGUGCACUCAAAAUUCAUACGAACACUACAAGGGGGGAGGGCUGCUGUAAUGUUCUUUUGUGUACCUCCCACGUGCACACACACACACACACCCGCCCCCAUCCACCCACCUUGCAAUUGGCAUUUGGAUUUGCUCACUUGAGCCUCCCCCUGCCCCCCCCUCGUUCCUUUUUAAUUGCUAAUGGGGGGGUGGAGAGAAUGAAAUGGCUCCAGGCCCAAGAUUGGCCCCCCCUCCUCUCAAUUCGGGGGGGCACGGAGAGGAGGGCUCGAAGACACUGGCUGUCUCAUUGUGUGUUUCGAACACAGACCCGGGCAGCAUUUUCCCAGGGUUGAGCUCGCAAGCAUUUUGGGGAAUGGAGGUGUGUUUGGGGGGGGGGGAUCCUUUGCAGUUCGAACAGGCCUUUGUAAGUGGGGCGGGCUUAGCCACAGGGACCGGGGGGGGGGCCCUUGAGGUGAGGAAGGGUGGGCUUUGACUGCCCCCCCAACCCCUUGACCAGAGCGGGGGAGAAAGAGCAAGCUGGAUCCUGAAGCUUCCGCGGCCGCUUUCUAGAGUCGAGGGUGGGGGCAGCGAUUCUGGGCCCCCCCCUUCCUGGAGCACUGACAUCCACCCAUUUGUGAGGUUCACAGGGGUGGCAGUGCUGGCUUUGGGUCUUGGGGGAGGGGGAAGCAGAGGCUUUUUCGGCUUGCCCUCCUUGCCUGGGGGUGUUAACCGCUCCCAAGCCCCCCCCCCCCCCGCAAGGAUGACUUCGUCCAGCCCUUCCGGUACAGAGAAACCUUGUCCUCUCCCAUCCUCGGAAACUGUUUUAAAUAUACAAGCUUUUCUCCCCCCCCCCCUCCAGAGUCUAUACCGAAGUGUAGCGUACAAAAAAAAAAAGAGCGAACCUUGAGAGAACUUAUUUCUAAAAGGAAAAAAAAAAUAAUAAGUAGAGUGACACGGUUCCUGUUUCAGAUAGAAAUGUUAUUUUAGAUACAUUUUAUUAUGAAUAACUUUUGUUAUGACUAUGGCUGGUAACCAUGAAUACGUUAUUUAAAAAAAAAACACACAAAACAUUUUACAAAAAAAAAAAAGAGAUCCACAUUCUGACUUUAGAUGCUUGUUGGACUCCUUUGCCGCUUCCUUCCCCCCCCCCCUUCUAGUUUUGCUUUGUAAAAGGCAUCCAGAAUUUAAGUAUUAGCCCUUUUUUAUUAACCUCUAUGAUAAAGCUGUGCUUAUUUUGUAUUAA